UAGUGACGAAGUUAAAUUCCCUUAUAAUAAUACAAGUACAAAUCCUCACAAACUAAUCAAAAUCCAACCAUGGCAAUUAUUUUCCUCUCUUUAAUCCUUUGCCUCUCUUCCCUAAUAAUAAUCUCUCCAUCAUCUUCAACCACAAUAACUCUAACUCUCUCACCACUUUCUAAACCACACUCUUCAUCAAAUCCAUGGCAAAUUAGAUCAAACAUUGUAAAAACCUCCAUUCAAAGAGCAUAUCAUCUCAAAAAACCCAAGAAAAAUCACACUUCCUCUACAAUUUUACAUGGAAGUACAAGUACUUCUCUAUAUGCUCGUAGCUAUGGAGGUUAUACCGUCUCGCUCGUCUUUGGAACGCCAGCUCAGACGAUCCCCCUCGUGUUUGACACCGGAAGUAGUCUUCUUUGGGUUCCUUGUACUUCAUCGUAUGGUUGCGUGAAUUGUACGUUUUCUAACGUAGACCCUUUUAAUAUCACUACCUUCAAGCCUAAGUUAUCUUCUUCUACACGUGUGAUUGGGUGUAAGAACCCGAAAUGUGGGUGGGUUUUGGGGUCAGAUAAUGUUGAGUCUAGGUGUGGGUCGGAUUGUGGGUCGAAAUGUAGACGGGCUUGCCCGAGCUAUAUGAUUCAAUAUGGGUUAGGAUCCACUUCUGGAUUGGCUAUAUCUGAGUCACUUGACUUGCCUGGUGCUGUUGUUAAGGACUUCCUAUUAGGGUGUUCUCUUUUGUCGAUUCGACAACCUGAGGGGAUUGCGGGGUUUGGGCGGGCCCCUACGUCACUCCCGAGCCAACUCAGGCUUAGAAAGUUUUCGUAUUGUUUAUUGCCUCAUAAAUUCGAUGAGAGUCCUAGAAGUAGUAAACUAAUUCUUUCGGGCAGUGGAGACAAGAUCUCUACCGCCUACAUAGGGUCAAGAAGUAAAGUGGAAUACACUCCGCUUUAUAAGAACCCGACUACACCACCUUAUAAUGAGUAUUAUUAUGUUAGUCUAAGAAAAAUUACAGUAGGUAAAAAGCAUAUAAAAUUACCCUAUAAAUUUCUUACCCCAAACCUAAAUGGAGAUGGGGGCACAAUUGUAGACUCGGGGACUUCGUUGACUUUUAUGGAAAGGCCAUUGUUCGAACCAGUUGUAAAAGAGUUAGUAGCACAAAUCAUUCAUUAUAAACGGGCCAACGACAUUGAGGCCCAAUCGGGUUUUGGCCUUUGUUUUGAUAUUAAAAAUGUAACUAACGUUUCAUUCCCUAAAUUGGUUUUUCAUUUUAAGGGUGGGGGAAAGAUGUUAAUGCCAUUAGCUAAUUAUUUUUCAUUUAUGAGUGAUUUGGGUGCUUGGUGCUUAACUAUUGUCACUGACACAAGCCCGGCAGCACCAAGUAGUGGGCCCAUAGGGCCGGCUAUCAUAUUGGGUAAUUUUCAGCAACAAAAUUUCUACAUGGAGUAUGAUUUGGAGAAUCAAAGGUUGGGUUUUAAGAAGCACAAAUGUGGAUAACAAAAAUCGCUGCUUUUUGGGUGUAUUUGAUCGUUUUUUACUUUUUCAUUUUUCAUUAAUCUAUCUUUUACUUUAAUUUAACUCUGUAAUUAGUUGUGUGAGGAAAUACCGUUUAAUAAUAAUAGCGGUUAUGAUACCUCUUGGAAUAUAAUUUGUUGAAACGCUUAAA